ACAUCCGCAAAGCGUCUUUCACCUUCCGUCCCCGAGAAGGACAUCAAACAUGUUGGCGAUUCCUAAAAACCAAUUCGCCUCGGCUGUAAAACAGGUUUCGAGCUUAUGUUUGAAACCGACGGCUGUUACAACCGUUGUUCAUCAUGAACCGCAAGCAAUUGUGAAGAAAACGGAAUCCGUUUCAAGUUCAGUAGGAACAUUGUCUAUGGCGAAAAACCUGCAAUGGGCGACGAAAAGCAUUACCGGCGGUACAGUACCAAUCAGGAUGGCUCACACAGACAUGGGCUCACCCGACUUUGGAUCGUACAGACGUGAUAGUACGACUAGUCCCAUUGUUUCAUCGAAGGACUCAAGAGAUUCAAGGAAGAUGUUCACCUAUGUGACAACAGCAGUUGGCACUGUUGGAACCGUAUAUAUAGCCAAGCAUAUGGUCAGAUCACUGGUAGGAUACGUUGCACCAGCUAAAGAUACAAUUGCCAUGGCAACCGUUGAAGUGAACCUCGCAGAAAUUCCUGAGGGCAAGAGCACUACUGUGAAGUGGCGCUCCAAGCCAAUCUUUGUACGCCACCGAACACCAGCAGAAUCGGAGGCAGAAAGGAGUGUCAACUUGGCCGAACUUCGCGAUCCACAACAUGAUGCAGACCGAACACAAAAGGAGGACUGGCUUGUUGUCAUUGGGAUUUGCACACAUUUAGGAUGUAUUCCGGUAGCCAAUUCAGGAAGUUAUGGCGGAUACUACUGUCCGUGCCAUGGAUCACAUUACGACGUUUCGGGAAGAAUCCGUAAAGGACCAGCACCCCUCAAUCUAGAAGUGCCCCAACACAGUUUCAGCGAGGACAACAUGCUUGUUAUUGGAAAAUGAUUAACAAUCUAGUUUAUUUUAUGAAUUUUGUGAACUUUACUUUGUGUUAUGUGGGUUUGGACAUAGACUCUUGUGCAGUACUAAACUGUUCACUGUAAAUGUACAUAUAUCAUCAAUGAUGUACAGACAACAACUUCAAGAAUUAAAGUUUAUAAUUUAAUAAA